AUGCCCAGCAUCUUCGCCUACCAGAGCUCCGAGGUGGACUGGUGUGAAAGCAACUUCCAGCACUCAGAGCUGGUGGCCGAGUUCUACAACACGUUCAGCAACAUCUUCUUCUUCAUCUUCGGUCCCCUCAUGAUGUUUCUAAUGCAUCCCUACGCCCAGAGGUACACCAGUGGCAUCUACUACAUCUCACUCCUCUUCAUGGUCAUAGGUCUGUUCUCCAUGUAUUUCCACAUGACACUCAGCUUCCUGGGUCAGCUACUGGACGAGAUCUCCAUCCUUUGGCUGCUGGCCAGCAGCUACAGCCUGUGGAUGCCCCGCUGUUACUACCCCUCCUUCCUGCGGGGGAGCAGGGUACACUUUACCUACCUGGUCAUUAUCAUCUCUGUGAUCAGCACCUUCCUGUCCUUCCUGAAGCCCACCAUCAACGCCUACGCUCUCAAUAGUGUUGCCAUACACAUCCUGUACCUAGUGCACCAGGAGUUCAAGAGGACCAGCAAUAAAGACCUCCGGCACCUCAUCUCAGUCUCUGUGGUCCUUUGGGCCACUGCCCUGACUAGCUGGAUCAGCGACCGCCUCUUCUGUAACUUCUGGCAACGGAUUCAUUUCUUCUACCUGCACAGCAUCUGGCACGUCCUCAUCAGCAUCACCUUCCCGUAUGGUAUCGUCACCAUGGCCUUGGUAGACGCCAGCUACGAGAUGCCAGGCCAAACCCUAAAGGUCCACUACUGGCCACGAGACACUUGGCCCGUGGGACUGCCCUACGUGGAGAUCCAGGAGAAUGAGAAGAACUGCUGA